UGAAAACGCGAAACGAACGUAUCGCCUAGAAUCCUUCUCACCGUCUCCCAUGCCGGAUACAGCAUCCCACCCAUGAAAUCGCUCGUGAAUUGUAUGCGUUAUGCAAACGCCAAGUAUUUUCUUCAAGACUGCAGGUAGAAGUAGUGUCCAUUACACGCAAUAAAGUGGAAGUAUAGGAAAAAAUAUUCUUAAAGAAUGGACGGACCUGGAUUAGGAUACUCGUAUCAUCUUCCAUCUGCUGGUUGGAACCUCAAAGUCAGAAAUGCAUUGUCGCAGUUUAGUGACCUUUUUAGUGAAUUUAACAAAUACAUUGCGCCGGCUUAUCAUCAUGACCGCUGCGAAAGAUCCGUGCAGAUGCGUUUGUACUCGAUGCAUAAAAGGGAAUUUGUCAUGGUAUUUGUUGCCUUUUUUGUGUGUUUCGGAUUGGCAAUUUUUAUCGGCCUCGCCGGACCGCCUAUAACGUCGACUAGCGAACAGAAAGCGCAUUUGAACGGUAGCGAGAUGGCCACUGGUCCAUUCAUCAUGAAGACACCUUUAUUGUCCACGUAUAGCCAGCAAUUAUGGGUGAUUGCCAAGCUAUCGACAUCGAAUAACGAUGAUGAGAGGUACGAUAAAGGAUUUCAAGUUAGCGUCUCCAUAGAUGGUAUCACUGCUGAUCGCAAGCUCGUAUCCGUACUACCUCCGGAGGCUGGACAUAAUCGAACCAGACAUUUGAAGUGUGAAAGGCAAUCCUGCGAGGAACUGGUUGUCGCCCACCUAGGAUUCCUCGAUUAUAGCUACUAUAUAAUUACUGUCCGCUUUCAUGGACUCGAGAGUUUCCAUCAACGAUACACGAUACGAGAACUCACAUUCUACUUUAAGAACUACAAUCCAGCAUUUACACAAAUAGAAAUCUGGUUCCGACUGAUCUUCUUGUUGACCACGUUUGGAGUAAUGUGCUGGUUCGGCCAUUCGCUUAGAAAGUAUCCACUACACGAUUGGUCGAUAGAGCAAAAAUGGAUCUCUAUACUUCUUCCAUUACUGAUUCUGUACAAUAAUCCACUAUUUCCUAUGACGUUCUUGGUAAAUUCCUGGGUACCCGGAAUGCUGGAUGCAAUCCUGCAAACAACUUUCUUGUGCGCUAUUCUUAUGUUCUGGCUUUGUGUCUAUCAUGGCCUUAGACAGAACGAGAGACGGCUCAUCACGUUUUAUUUGCCAAAGCUCUUAGUGGUUGGUAUGUUAUGGGGUGCGGCAUUGACUCUCGCUACGUGGCUCCGUUGCACCGAAUUGGAAGAUCCCACUUAUAAUUAUGUUCUUGAUACAUCGAAUUAUUACGGCUUCAAGGUAUUCUUCUUCACGGUGGGUGGUUUCUACAUCGCGUAUCUGUUGCUUCUUAUAUUAAGGGCAUACAGCGAACUACGAUCUAUGCCAUACUUCGAUUUACGUCUGCGAUUUUUGACAUUGCUUGCUGCGGUGGUCGCCGGCGUCUGCAGUUUGGUCACUGCACGUCAAUUCGGAGCCGGUGUAUUAGAAGAUAGCUUCGCUUCUCGCCUCUCCACUUAUUACCGCACAUCCGCGCAGUUUAUGGCUCUUUACGGUCUCCUUAAUUUUUAUUUGUACACCAUGGCAUACGUUUACGCACCUGCAUUGCAGCAGGUUUAUGGGCAACAUUCAUCGAUAACGAAAGAUAGCCCUGCGUUCUCGAUGUUCAAUGAUUCGGAGGAGGAAGUAAUAUACGGAUCGGACGAGGAUAGUCGGCGACCGUUAACUCGCGCUCCACGAAACACAGAGGAUAGUGACUGAGGGCCUUAAAAAAAUUUCAUAUUUUCUGCUAAUCAUUAUCGAAAGAUAAAUCGUUACAUAAAAAAGUCAAUGAGGAGACUUUCGAUUUAUAUUUCUAUUCUGAUUCGUAGUCAUA